AUGGUGUCCUAUCCGGAAACAGUUGAUCGCACGAACCCUCGUCCGGCUUCAGCUUCGUCACGUCUUUCGCAUUCUAGUCGACGACAUCGCCAUGGCCAGUCACACCAUGGCGGUUUCUCAUACACUCCACAGAAUGAAUUUCCAAUCUUUGCGCAUACCGGGGAUGUUGAAAUAGUUAUCGCAGCCGGUGAUCAAGAAAAGCGGUAUUUGCUUCAUCGCCUUAUCUUAUCGCAAUGCUCCGGCUUUUUUGAAGCAAGCACGAGUGAGGAGUGGUCGCGUUACCAAGCCCAGGCGGAGUCAGCGAGUGCUGCUGUCGAUUCGGACCCCAGUUUGCAAAGCGUUGCCGAAGAUGGUUCCUCUAUCUUUUCCCGCCGGGGUAGCGCGCAGGGAUCUACUACACUACCGAAGCUAAGAUGGAGAUAUGAACUCGACUGGCAGCAUAGAGAGUCGGAUGAAGAACCUAUUCUGGUUCAAAAGCCUCCCUCCUCCGAUUCUGUCUUCGCAGUGCCGUCGUCGUACUCUAUUCCGCCACCACAACCCAUCACGAAGCCAGUUGCACCCCGAGCAGGAUUUUUCCGAUCUGUUGCCAACCUGGCUGGCAUGCAGUCUACUGUGCAUAUUCCAUCGAAUGCUGUGGUACCAGACACACAAACACUUCCACUCAUUCGCGAUUACGACAACCUCUUUCGAAUAUUCUAUAAUUUCACGCCGAUUUUGAACAGUGUGAAUAUUGCUACCGCUUACUCGGAAUGUAAAGCUUUGCUUGGAUUGGCAGACAUGUACGACGCCCUUGGGGUAGUCGGCUCUCGCAUCGACCAUCACUUGCUCCGGUUUUCAUCUCGAUUGUUCAAGCAGAUUGCAAAAUAUCCGCCGAGUUACCUCAAAUUGGGCUACUUGGCACGUAGCCGUGUCAUAUUCACAGAGGCCCUCAUACAUGUGGUUGGACAAUGGCCAGCAGCGCAGGCCCAGCUAAAUAAUGGCUCAUUCUCCCCCUUACCCGAUACUGUUCUGGAUUUGAUUGAAGAUAAAGUCGACGACUUGGAGGAGCUAAAAGCUCGGGUUGACGCAAAGCUAUUUCGGCUCACGUUAACAACAUCUAGAGGCGAACGGGUCAGUCCGUCGAAUGCAUAUAUAGACUGGCUUGCAGUUUCUCUCUUCCGACAGUGGUUUGUCGAGAACACAACACCGCCUCCUGCGCCUAUAUUAAAGAAUCCGUCAGGUGGUGGUCAAGACGGCCGUGCUGUUUCCGCUACAAGACAUUCAGCCAGCACUGCUGUACCUUCAGGUCGUGUGUACAGACUUAUCGGCUCAACCUCAUCCGAGGCCUAUCUACCACAUGAUGAACUCAAACGGUUUCUCAAACUUAGAGCGUCAUCUGCGUCAGAGUCACUCUACAAUCGCGAUAAUUUCAAGCGCUUUGAGCGAAAGAUGGACGAAAUCAAACGUCUGGCACGAGAAGUAGUCAAGCCCUUGAUGAGAAACUUCCUCGAGCUGGAUCUCAAAGGAAGUGACCACAAUGGAGGGUCUGGGGGAAGUGGAGUUGGCGAUGGCGGUAUUGGAGGUUUGCCAUAUUUGACUUGCACUCGAAUUGAAGAGGCAGAUCUCCCAUGGAGAUAG